UUGCCAUGAAACUGGAUGAACUGAUUAAGACCAACCAGAAAAGUCUGGAGAAAAAUCUGCAUCAGGAUGUUAUGACAAAUAAUAAGACAUUAACUCCCAAGGGAGUUGAAUUCAGAAAAACACUUAAUUUAAGUAUAAGCCAUAUUCCAAAACUGAGUAUCAAAAAGAGAAACUAUUCAGGAAUAAAACCUGAAGAAUGCAGUAUAUGUCACAAUAUGUGUCCCCAUUGUGGGCCUGAUCAACUACAAGCUGGAGAGAAAUUUUGUGCUACUAAGGUACCUGGGAACACUCUCCAGUUCUGUGAACCUCUUAAUCAACAGCACAAUAUUCAGAUCAAGGAGCAGGCACUUGAACAAAUUGGACAAGGGAAAGUCUUCAAAAGCAAGAAUAUAUUCUGUGAAUCUGAGAAGCUUUUUAUGGUAGAAACCUGUAAUAAGUCAAUUGCCACUAUUGGCAAGACAACUCAAAUAGUACAAGAUUUCCAUAAGAAUUCUAACCUCAGUAUACAUCAACAAAGUCCCAAAAGAGAGAACGUUUAUAAGUAUAUUGGGCCUGUGGAACCUGUUAUUUACCAAUCACAUGUUAGACUGAAUCAUAGACCAAAUAUAGGGAAGAAAUCCUAUGCAUGUAAACCUUGUGGGAAGUCAUUCAGUAUUAAAUUCUGCCAUACCCUCCAUCACAGCACUCAUAUAAGUGGAAAACCCUCAUGUGUGUAA